AUGCGCCGGUCAGUGUGGCUGGCUCUGGCUGCGUCGCUCUUGCACGGUAAAGCCGCCGGGUCUCCUAGUCCUCUACUCCUCCUCCGCGGGAUCCCGGGCGCAUCCCGGCGGCUCAGUGCGCUCCGCGCCCGGGCCAGGUUUGGGGGCUCGCGCCAGCGAGGGACAGUGGGCGGCGCUGCCGGGGACUGUCCGGGGAGUGAGAGCCCGGUUCGUCUGGGUUGCUUGCUUUGGGAGGCGGGGGUCCGCGGGCAGGGGGCGUGGGGUGCACCUCCGCUGGCCUUCCCUGAGCAGCCCGCCGGGCUCUCCUCUCAAGUGUCCCUGCAAGGCGAGUUCCAGAGGAAGCUGUACAAGGAGCUGGUCAAGAACUACAACCCCUUGGAGAGGCCCGUGGCCAACGACUCGCAGCCACUCACCGUCUACUUCUCCCUGAGCCUCCUGCAGAUCAUGGACGUGGAUGAGAAGAACCAAGUUCUAACCACCAACAUUUGGCUGCAAAUGUCUUGGACAGAUCACUAUUUACAAUGGAAUAUGUCAGAAUAUCCAGGCGUGAAGACUGUUCGUUUCCCAGAUGGCCUGAUUUGGAAGCCAGACAUUCUUCUCUAUAACAGUGCUGAUGAGCGAUUUGAUGCCACAUUCCACACCAAUGUGUUAGUUAAUUCUUCUGGGCAUUGCCAGUACCUCCCUCCAGGCAUAUUCAAGAGCUCCUGCUACAUUGAUGUGCGCUGGUUCCCCUUUGAUGUGCAGCAGUGCAAACUCAAGUUUGGGUCCUGGUCUUAUGGAGGGUGGUCCUUGGAUCUACAGAUGCAAGAGGCAGAUAUCAGUGGUUAUAUCCCAAAUGGAGAAUGGGACCUUGUGGACAAUGGUUCCUUCCUACCCCCUGCUCAUGGAGGAAUCCCAGGCAAGCGGAGUGAGAAGUUCUAUGAGUGUUGCAAAGAGCCGUACCCAGACGUCACCUUCACAGUGACCAUUCGCCGCAGGACACUCUACUAUGGCCUCAACCUGCUCAUCCCCUGUGUGCUCAUCUCUGCACUGGCCCUCCUUGUCUUCUUGCUCCCUGCAGAUUCUGGGGAGAAAAUUUCCCUGGGGAUAACAGUUUUACUCUCUCUUACUGUCUUCAUGUUGCUGGUAGCCGAGAUCAUGCCUGCAACAUCUGACUCGGUACCCUUGAUAGCCCAGUACUUUGCCAGCACCAUGAUCAUCGUGGGCCUCUCCGUGGUUGUGACGGUGAUUGUGCUGCAGUAUCACCACCAUGACCCCGAUGGCGGCAAGAUGCCCAAGUGGACCAGAGUCAUCCUUCUGAACUGGUGUGCAUGGUUCCUCCGCAUGAAGAGGCCUGGGGAGGACAAGGUGCGGCCGGCCUGCCAGCACAAGCCGCGCCGCUGCAGCCUGGCCAGCGUGGAGAUGAGCGCGGUGACCGGGCCGCCGACCACCAACGGCAACCUGCUCUACAUCGGCUUCCGCGGCCUGGACGGUGUGCACUGUGCCCCCACCCCCGACUCGGGCGUCGUGUGCGGCCGCAUGGCCUGCUCCCCCACGCACGAUGAGCAGCUUCUGCAUGGUGGGCAACCCCCUGAGGGGGACCCAGACCUGGCCAAGAUCUUGGAGGAGGUCCGCUACAUCGCCAACCGUUUCCGCUGCCAGGACGAGAGUGAGGCCAUCUGCAGUGAGUGGAAGUUUGCUGCCUGCGUGGUGGACCGCCUGUGUCUCAUGGCCUUCUCAGUCUUCACCAUCAUCUGCACCAUCGGCAUCCUGAUGUCCGCCCCAAACUUCGUGGAAGCUGUGUCCAAAGACUUUGCUUAACCUGGUUCUGGUCUCCACCAUGUAGGAAAUGCACAAACAGGCGAUGCCAUUAGCUUGGGGAGAAUUUGGGGUGCUAAUCCUACAGUCACACUAAACGUGAGGACACUGAUGUACCCGUAGCUGUCAGUCAUGUCGUUACAGUCUCCUUGUACCGUUCAGUAACAGGAUCUCAGCACGUUUUUGUUUCAUCCUCUCAGAGGCUCCUUGAUAUCGUUGGAACAUCCUUAGGGUCCCCAGGACCACUGAGAGGUCGUCUUGUCUAUUCCCCAGUGCCAGGUGAGCCCUUCAGAGAGGUCAAAGUGGCUCAGGACUGCCAGGGGAAGCCUGUAUAGCUGGUUUUGCAUGCCUGCAUGUCACUUGCCAAGAAAGCCUACAUGAAAAGUCAACAUAUACUUUUGCCUGUUAACAAACCUAGAUUGAAAAUAAUAAUAAUAAGCUACACUCACUAGAUCCAGUCAAACAAUUGGUCAAAGGAAACAAAACUAAAACUAAAAACCUAACUGCUGGUGUUUUCUGCAAUUCAGAUUUUAUUUUUCUCUACCAAAGACAGUUGGUAGAGAGAAACAGUUUUAUACAGUUCUUACAUUUUAAAAGAAAGAGAGAGAGAUGCAUAGUUGCUCUUAUAAAUUAUGCUUUUACCAGCCUGAGUCCUACCAGUCUACCCUGUGGAGGGAAUUAGGACAGACACAUAUGUGUGUUGAUUCCAAAUUAGGACUAGACCCAGGCAAGUCAGGGAGAUUGUAUAGCUCCUGGGUGCCUCACAUUUUCUGGGCUGCCCCCAGAUACUGGGGAGUUGAGUCUACUCUAUUCUGAAACACCCAAAGGACAAAUAGAGUUCUAAUAGAAUUACUAGCCCAGUGUAAUAGCUAAAGUUAAAUUAAACCAGCUAUGUUUUUUUUUAAAUAAUGUAUUAGAUAUUCCACAUGUACUAGAGUUGAUUAGUAUUAGAAACUUGUGGGUCCAUACAGAUGCACAACAUAAAGUGAAAAUAUGCUAAGCUUUUCUUUAUGUGUCAAGACCAGGGGCAGGGUCUGGGACAUCUUCUGGUUCCCUGUAAGGCAUAAACUGGGAAGGCGAUGAUGUGGCCAGUGGCCUUCCUGGAUGAAAGGCUAAUGGAAGUCAGCAGAAGGGGCCAGCAGACUAAAAGUGGCUGUACAACCUGUAACUCUAGUCUCUGGCUUUUAGGGACCUGCUUCCCCACAGCUCAUCUACCCCAAUGUUAGCCCAGAAAGGUGGCUUGAACAGGUGAAUUCACUGGAGAUAAGUGUUUUGAAAGCCAGGAAAACUUUAAUUUUAAACCUAUGUGGUGACACGGUUCUCCACCUACAUUAUCCAGGCCAUAAUAGUCACUUUGCCUCUUCCCAUUCUCCUUAUUUUUUUAAUGACAGCAGAGGGAGACAUGACAGAAUCUCUCCUUUUCUAUUGUUUCAUUUAGUAACUGCUCAGAGCUCAAAACUGCAGAAGGCUUUGAGCUCCUGGGGAUCUUUAAUUUUCUUCUAACCCCUGAGAUGGGUAUAUGUUAUUAUGAGAAAAGAUUAGAUUUUCAGAGCAAAAGAAAUUGCAUACCUUUCUUCAGCCAUUGAUUUCACUCAUUCCUGGGUAAUGUGCAUGGAUUGGUUUGCACUGAGGAAUAUGGAGGCUUGUGCAUGCUCUGUGUGUGUGGGCACAUAAGCACUGAGUGCAGCUGCAGAGAGGACACCUUGUUCACAAGGAGGUUGAUAAAUAAGGACAUCCCAGCAUCACGCCAUUGGGAGCAUGGCUGUUCUCAGAGUUCACCCAUUCUACAUGGGAUAGAUGAACAAUGCACAAACUUUUCUUUUUGUGUUUAUUUUUUCAAUUUUAGAAAUAAGUAGAGGUGUUUUGAUACCUAAAGGGAAUGCUUUAUUUGUUACUGCUAUCUGAAAAUUAAUGCCUACAACAGUUUUGGUUGGAAAAAAACUUUUGGUUUUGUAUUUUAUACAGAAAAACAUAAAACAGCAAACAAAAGUAGUUUAUAUGUUGACCACCCAAAUAAUACUCUGCCAUUUUAAAAGUAAUAAUAAGGAAAGAUGCACAUGUAGUGAAAAGAAAAAGAAAAGAGAAAAAGGAUGAAUAGCUACAGGGACCACCAAUGAAUGAGCUUCUGAUGACUAGGAGGUAUUUCCAGAAAGGAAGAAAAAGAAAGGGAAGGAGGCCAAGAGAAGGAGAAAAGGGGUGUGGAAAGAGACUCCCUUUUUUUUUUUUUUUUUUUUUUUACCAUUCAUGCUAUGCACACAGCACUCUGCACUUUGCUUUCUGCACUUAGUGUUUUAUCUUUCCAUAACAACAUAUAAAGAUCUACCUCAUUCUUCUUAAUAGCUGCUUAGCAUACCAUUGUCUUGGUGGAUAUAAUUUCUUUCGUUAGUCUAUUAGUGAACAUAUAGAGUAUUUCCAGUUUUUAUUUUUAUACAAAAAUCUGUAAUUAACAUCCUUGAUUUAUAUCUUAGCAUACUUUUGUGACUAUACCUUGGUGUAAAUUCUAAAUUGGAAAUGGAAUUGCUGAAUUUAAGGAUAUGUGCAUUUAACAUUUUAGUAGGUAUUGCCAGAUUACCCUCCAAAUACCGAUCAAUGGAUACACCUACCAAGAGUGUAAUGAAAAGACCAAUUUCUCAGUUUUCUCAACACUGAGUAUCAUCAAACAAUAUUUUUUUCUAAUCUGGUGACAAAUUAUAUUACGAUGUUAUUCUGACUUGGUUCAUUUUAUUAUGAAUGGAGUACCUUUUCAGAUACGUUUUUGGAAAUUUCAAUUUUGUAAAUUUAUGUCCUUUAUACAAUUUUCAGUUGGGUUAUUUGGCUUUUUCUUAAUUUGCCUGUGUACCUUGGAACUUUUUUGUCUUAUGUCUUGAGACUAUUUUUAUUUGUUUAGAAAACAUUUUUAUUUGUUUAUUAUUUGUGUUUUGAUGUUAUUAUUGAUUUAUUUCUUAGCAUAUAUAAAGUUUUAAGUUUUAUGUUGUCAAUUUAUCCAUAUUGCCUCAGUAGAUCCUGGGGUUUGUUUCCAGUUUUAAAAGGCCUUCCCCAUUCUGAGAUUAUAAAUAAAUUUACUCAUAUUUUCCUCUAAA